GAUGACGAGCCCUGUUAUGAGCAUCUAUCACCCCCAAAUUAUCAAACCCUAAAAUAGUCGCACUACACGGGUCCGGACACGCAGAGAGAGGAGAAGAGCGAGCGGUAGCCAUGACGGGAAAGGCGAAGCCGAAGAAGCACACGGCGAAGGAGAUAGCGGCGAAGGUGGACGCGGCGACCACGAACCGGGGCGGAGGGAAGGCCGGGCUAGCGGACCGGUCGGGUCAGGAUAAGGGCGGGCACGCGAAGCUGGAGUGUCCGCUCUGCAAAGUCACCGCGCCGGACAUCAAAUCGAUGCAGAUCCACCACGACGCGCGCCAUCCGAAGGUCCCGUUCGACGAGACGAAGCUCAAUAACCUCCACGCCGCCACUCCUUCCGGCGGCGGCGGCGAGGCUAACAAGCCGAAACCGGGGAUCCGCGGCAGUCACAAAAAGUGAAUCGAAAGCCUCCGUCGUCUCCUUCGUCGCCGUCCGAUUGUUUCGCUAUUGCUUUUGCUAAUUAUAUCCGUAUCCGUGUCCUCAAGGUCUUGAUUAUGAAUAAUCUUGAUCCUGAUGUUACUGAUUGUCUGCGUUGGUCUUGUAAUGAUGAUGAUGAUCUGUUGGUGGUAGUUACUUGUUCUGGAAUAAUCACUACUGCUGUUGUUUUUUGUGAUUGUUAUGAAUAUCAAGUGUGUUUCUACCAUCUUAGUCGUCUGCUUAAUUAUAUUACUUGCGAAGUUGCAGUCUGUAACUCUGAAUAUACUCUUAUAUUUACUAAAGUUAUGGUGAUACCUUUACUAA